GUGCUCCUUCCUCCUGUUGAGGGAAGAGAGGAGCUGCGGAUACAGAGGAGGCUCCACAUCCGAUUCUCCGCUCAAUAACAGGUGCUUAUUUUAUUAUCUUUUCAUUAUCGCAGAGUAAACAGAGACGGUGUUGAUCAGAGAGAAUCAAUAAUCGAUGUUAGCGCCGACUGACUUAUCAAUACGGUCAGAUAUCGAUCAUGACAGAUCCACAGAGGCAGGGAGGUUUCAGAUCAGAGCAGGCGGCUACAACAUGGGCGCUGUGUCCUCAUCAGCUGUUUGCAUGUUCAGGUUUUCAUGUCAGAGGGGUGUACGGGCUUUUAAUAUGUGUGUCAGUGCUCUCCAUCACACACACUAACACACACUCACACACAGAUGUACACGCUUACACACACACUCACAGGAAGGAUGGGUCCGGCCUGUGUCUCUAACAGCCAUCUUUACUCACACUCACUGUGAAUGAUUCAGACACGUUUAAAGCAGCGAUCUGCUCUGAUAUUUGCCUAUGUAUGUGUGUAAGUGGUUUACUGUGUUAGUGUGUGAAGCCUGAGGUGUGGUUGUAUUGCAGUCAUGAUCAGGUGUGUUGGUUGAUCUGCUCCUCUUUCUCUCUGGCUCGCUUCAACCCUCCAUGGCGUCUUUACGCACCGAGCUGCAUCUCCGUCUUGUCCUCUGUCUGAGAGCUGCUCACGCAGUCUCUUACUACUGAAAUCUCCAUCUGCAUGCAGUCUGAGAGCAGGACAACCAGAGAAAACCUCUGCACAGUCACUGCAAUGCUCUCAGAUCAUGUCACACGAGUGGAAAGUGCUGCAUAAAACAUUCAUCAGCAGAUUAAUCCUCAUUUCCAUCAGUUUGUUCAGAUUCCCCAAUAGAGACCAGGAGAAAGAAGGUUGAAUUUAAGGCUCUGUAAACCAGUCAUUAAAACAAACCUGAACCUGUUGUGUCAAAUAUAGGCAGGCUAAUGCUACACUCCUGUAACCUGUGAACUUACUGAAAACACAGCUGCCAAAUGAUUGCUUUAGGAUCUCUAUCAGUUGCUGUAUUUAUUAAGUUAAAACUCCUGGUAGACAUUUUUGCACGAUUUUAAUGGUCAGUCACUGCCGACCUAAGGGCUCCUUCAAACAAAUGCUUUAACGGUGGAUUAUUUUGAGGUUUAAUCAAAGGUUUUCUUAAGUUAGGGUAGAUGAUGUUGCUUAUUUUUGGGAUUUGAUUGUGAUUUCAGUGUUAAAUUUCUCCUCAGUGUUUUAUAUACAGUACACUAAGGAAAAUUAAUUAACUGUAUUUAUUCAAGUUACUCUGUAUUUUUACUAAAAUGAAUAUUUUUUAAAUUACUCUGUUAUUUUUCACGAUGAGGAUUGGGCUCACCUUUAUUUGAUGUUGCAUCGGUGAUUAAAGCUCUUGUGAGUAACUUUUAGUUCAUGCCAGUUUUGGUGCCUCAUGUGGACAAAUGAGUCUUUGCUGAUCUUGUUCUCCAUCAGAUCUCAUCCUGCUGACUUUUGACAGUCAGAUGUAUCAUUUAUUUUUAAACAGGAUUGUUUCUUCAGCUGCUCGGCCAACACCUACCCUCUCACAAAUGUUUCAGGCAUUAAAAUUACAAUAGAAAAACCGUCAGUCUUAUCGCUGAUGGUUGGGUUUUCUUUUGGAUAUCAUAAGUUAUCAAUAUAAAUUUCAGUCUGUUUCAUAAAAGUUGAAAACUCUUCACAGGAGCUUUAAUCUUGAUCAUGACCUGGCUUUCUUGUUAAUCACCUGUCUGUGUUAAAUGAAAGACUUUGAUUGGUCUAAACCCCUUGACAACCGUCAUUUGCUCUGCAUAACAAGAGUAACGCCAGAGAUGAGAAGGUUACACAUUAUAUCAAAUCAAUCGGCAGAAGGUGGUUCCGGUACAUUUUACAUCUGCCGACUUUUAGGCCAUAAGACAAUAUGUUAGCUUCUGUUAGCAUGUUAGAUUGGCUGAACUGGUGACAAUCCUCCCUUGUAGUCCUGGCAACAGAGCUGGGGAGAGCAUCUACUCGUUUAGGAUUGCUGCAACAAAAAAACAGAAUCAGUAUCGAAUUAACAGUUGACAAGGAGCACUUUUAACAGUGUUUAAUUUAUUUUCAAUGGUGCAUUACUGCAAAGCUUUAAGGAGAAGCAGAGCUAAAUAAGGACCAAAGUCAACACAGAAGACCUGUUCACUUUGUGUGACAAUACCAUCAAUGGAAAUGUUCAAUUUAAUGUGAAUAAAAGCAAAUAAGCAGCUGUAAAUGUUCCUACAGACUUCUCUUUUCGAAUGUGACCUUCAGUGGAAAGGACUGGUUCAACCGUAAUUAUAUUAGCAUGCUAAUGAUUGACUUAAUGAAUGCACCUUAUGAUCUUGACUUCUUGAUUUGUUAUUCAAAUAAAUGCAGCUGGGUUACAGCAGUGUGGUCUGAAACUUUGGCUUGGAGGGUGGAGGCUGUGUCGGAGUUUGUUCUGUCAGAUAUAGAUGCAAAAUUAUUCUGUCAGGGUUUUGGAACCACCUGCCUCCCCCACAGAGAUCACAGCCCUCUCUGCUGGACCUUCACAAUACUUAAAGGGUAUUCUUAGUUGCUACCAUUACAGUAUUUUUUACAGACAGGCCAUCAAACCAACAAAGGAUUUUUUUUUUUCAUGAAAGAUGGGUAGAAAAUACAUAAAAUGUUGGUGCAUCUCACUCAUCUCCAGGGAUCCUUGGUUAAUGUUAUAGCAUUUACACUUUCCAGGAGUUCCAGUUUGGUUGCUUUGUGUUUUACAAAGCUCCUACAUGUGACAAAAUACUGCUCCCACUGAACACAAGUGGUCACAACAUGCAAAACAUUAGAAUAUCCCUGAAUCUAACCAUCAGGGAAAGAUGGUGGUUGAUGAACACAUAUAAUAAUCUUUAAAUAAAAGCUCCAGUAAGGAGUUUUUGACUGGUUAUGAAACAGAUUUUAUGAACAGUGAUGCCUCUUUAUGACCCACAAAAGCAACAUGACUGACAGUUUCUAUAUUUCAGCUCUCUGUAUCUGAUGUGGGUGUAAGUGUCUGACUUGUUCCACAUCUCUCUGUCUCCUCUCAGUCAGGAUGUCCGUCAGGAUGGAGAUGGAUGUUGGUGGUGUCUCUCGGGCUCCGGUCUCCAUCCUCCCUGCUGCUGCUGAGAUCAAGUCCACCCUGAAACCAGAACCAGAGAGACCCCGCUGUGCCAGCACCCCCUGUUCCCCCAUCAGAGGGACUGUGGCCGGAUACCAGAUCCUCCACAUGGACUCCAACUACCUGGUGGGCUUCACCACGGGGGAGGAGCUGCUCAAGUUGGCCCAUAGGUGGUCAGAGGGGGGUCAAGAGAAGAGCCCUGCCUUAGAGUCUGUGUCUGGAUCAGUCCAGAGCCCCCUCCCCAAGUCAGUGGACCUUGGCGUCCACCGAUCUUCCCGUGUCUUUAAAGCAAGGGGGCGGUACUACCAGCCGUACGACAUCCCCGCCUCCAGCGGGAGGAGGCGGAGACGCAUGCCCAGCUCCUGUGAGACCAUCCUCAGACCCCCCACCCACAGUGAGCCAGGGAGGAGUCUGAACGCCCCCCUACCCGUCUGCCUGAUGAAGGGGAAGAGGGCCCAGUCCAAGUCCCUGGACUACCUGAACCUGGACAGACUGAGCUUGAAGGAGUCCACAGACACGGAGGUGCUACAGUACCAGCUACAGCACCUCACUCUCAGGGGGGAGCUAAGGGGGGAGAGGGUGUUUACCAGGAACAAGACUUGAAGCGAGUGGGCGGAGUCUUGAUUUAGACCCCCCCACACACCUCGUGGGGAUUUAGGUGCUAUUUCCAGCUUCGCUUUCUUCAACUCAGAUUACAGGAGCUCCUGUUUGAGGAGACACUCCGAUAAUCCUGUUAGAUGAUCAUCCAGGGGGGAGGAGGAGGGAGGAGGGAGGAGGGGGCGGUGUUAAAUAAUGUGAAUCAUAUAAAUUUAGCAAUAACAUGGUAAUGACAGUGUGUGUGUGUGUGUGUGUGUGUGUGUGUGUGUGUGUGUGUGUGUGUGUGUGUGUGUGUGUGUGUGUGUGUGUGUGUGUGUGUGUUUAUAGAAGCACAUAUUACAGUCUGGCCUGCUCUGAUCUGUGAGUCAUAGAUUACCUGUUAAUCUGGGAGCAGGUGUGUUAUGUAUGUUGAACUCUCAUUAUAUCACUGCAGGCUGCUGCGAGGUCUGAAUAACGGCAGAUUAUUUCUUUGCCAGUUUAUUUAUUGCUUUCAGUCCACAUCACUGUGUUAAAAACUCUGCUUAAAGGAGACCUGUUACACUACUCUCGAGUUCAGUACAAACAUAUAAAGUUAUAAUGUGAUAUGUCAACACUGGAACUUGUCUAAGGGGGAAGACGUCAUCAAAGCAGCUCAGGAAAACAGCUGAGUUUAAACAGAUUUCACUAUAAAGAGUCACAGUAAAUAAAACACUGGACCAAUAAAAGCCUGGAGGAUGACGAGACAAAAGGAGCAAAGACUGAUUUUUCCAGAGAGGGCGCCAAAAUUGACCCAAACUGAAAGUUCCUCACAGGAGCUUUAACUUAUUCCCAUAUUUAUUAAUGAUUUUCAUUAUUAAAAUAAUAACUCUCAAACACAGAGCCAAUCAUAAUUUAAAACAAACAGCCGAUCUUAUCCCUAAGGACAUUGUUUGAGGACACGCCCACCCUGCAGCUCUUUAAAUCCUCUCUUCUGUAGAGUCCAUUUCCCUGCUGCUCUUCCUCCUCCUCCUCCUCUCUGCUCUUUGUUGGUUCAGUCUGUCACUCAAGUUUCUCUCAGUCUCCUUUUAGUUGUAAAGGAAAGUCUCAGCUCUUUUCUUUUCCCAAAGAUGAAGGCUCCAGAAAGUAAAACAACAGACACAACGUAACUGUUUGUGCUCGCCACUUCACUGAUGACUCUUGUAAACAAAGGCCAGUAUGAGCUGGAUUUGAGUCUCAGCUGUAAACCUAGAGCUGUUUAUCUAGAAAGACCUUCAUGAAGGUUCAGAACCACAAACUGAAAGACACAUUACAACAGCACAGAAUGGGACUAAAGCUGUGUAAAAAUUAACACCCCAAGCUGUGUCUGUGAGCUAAAUUGACCGAAGUUUAAGAUGAGUCAGGGGCUUUUAGAGCUACUCUCUUGGUGUCUGUAUAAUAAAUUAGUAUAAUAGGUCUCCUUUAAGUAGAGCUGUGUUCAUCAUCACUGCUUUGUUGAUUUAAUAAUGUUCUUGUAAACUCUGUAAACCUGAGACUUCCUCAGUUCUUGAGGAACUCUAUAUAUUGUUUCAGCAGUAGUUUUGCUGGUUUGUGUUUUCACUCUGAGCCAUAGGUUCUUCAAGACAAACAUUUAAAGGGAACAUGUGAGCUGACACGGACAGACAGUGGGCAUCUUAAAGCCUUAAAUGUACCUGAACUCCCUCAAACAGACUCUCAGCUCCGCCCACACUGACCUCUGUCUGCAGGUGAGCAGUUUUCAGGUGAGGCCUGCAGAGCAGUUUGGUCUUAUCACACCUGUUUUCUCUGUCCGUACUGGAUCUAAAAUCCUCUCUACGCUUUUGAAAUAUUGUUUUUAUUUCCUUGUACUUUUGCCUUUUUUGGCUGGUGGAGUUUGUGAAGACAAACUGUAAAACCUAAGAGAGGCUCAGCCAAAAGUUUCUGUAAAAGUUUGCUGACCUUAACCAGAGACCUUAGAUUUCCUCCUUUGCACUGAGCUGCACCAUUACAAGAGCAGGACGAUACAGAUUAUUGAAUCUGUACAUUUAAAUACAGCCAGAGACACUGAGGGGAGUUACAAACUCAGUUUCUGUGUGAAGGCUUUUAGAUCAUGAUCAGGAAUGGAAACUGAUGAUAUUUUAUGAUGCUAAUACCGUUAUUGAAGUCUUUUAUUGCCUCUGUUGUUAUGUGUGGAAAAAAAGCUCAUUUGUAAAGGUUUGUUUUUUUGUCAACAACAAAAGUAGAAGGUGUUUUAUCACCUUCACUGCCCUGCUGAAACAGAACAGAGAAGCCUGGUUUCUGUUUUGACAUGUACAGGUCAGCAGCUGAUUGCAGAUCCAGCUUCUGGUUGGUCAACUGGUCAAAACUAAGAUAGCAGCUUUUGUCUCGCAUGGUCAGCUAACAACAGAAAUGACACUAUUUGGCUAAAUUAAUCUAAAAAUCAUCUCAGAUUACUUUUGUUUCUGAGGGACAGUUUCUAAAAUACUCUGAUCUUCUCUGUGGGAUAGAAAAGCUCCUGGAGGUCAAGGUUAUCGCCACAAAGCUACUGGACUCACGAAGAGAGUGGAUUUGAACAGUCAUAAAGUUGUAUUGUAGAGCUGAUAUUAAAAACACAGCAGUUUUGAACUGUAUAUGACAGACAUUGGACCACUCCUGUCCUUUUACCACCAUGAUUACUUCCUCGACUCCUUUGUUAUCGUUUAUGCCGAUGGUAUCUCAUAAUGCAUCAUGAGGUUUUUUUGCAAGGCACGCGGAAUUAAGUGGAAAGCAUCGAUGAGGAAACCACAGGGAAAAAAGUCAAAUAAUGGCUUGAAUGGCUUGAACUUUGUAGAUGAAGCAGGUUCUCGGCUCCCACGUGGAACCAGUUCUCAGUACUCAUCCCUUGUCAGGAUGUUUUCAAGGAUACACAACAUUAUCAGCUUAAUACCACUAUCAGCAGAUAUUAGAAACUAGGUGAUGCUUUUUUAAACAGUGGCUCAACCACGAGCAUAAACAUGUCAGUGAUGAUUUUUUUAAGUGUCAGAAACAGACAGGGAAACAGCUGUUUGCAAAUCUUGUGGGACUUGUGGAUAGAGAGAGGAGGCAAACAACUUUCUUUUAACUCUACGAAGUUUACUGUGAAUCGAAACAAACUUUAUCUCGAACAGAGCCAAGAGUUUAUGGCUGGGACCAUCCAAAGGAAGAUGCAGCUCCAGCAGGCUGUUGAUUUACUUGGAUUAGUGUUGAUGUCGGCCAUAACAAGCUUGGAAGUAUCAGUAUCAGUGUAUCGAACAUUGACAACAAUCUGAUAUCUGAUACAUCCCAAGAAAUAUUCCCCUUGGUUUGUUUUACCUGUGAACAGACAUGUAGAGUUACCUGAGCCAAAAGAAACACUUGUAUAAUGGUACUUAAAACCCCAUUGCAGAUGAUAAUUCAAUGAAGCUGAACUAACAUAUUGUGUCAUGAACAAUUAAUGACUUUUCGCUUUUAUUCUUGGAUGAUUGGUUUACACACUGAACGUCCCUCCUCCUUAGGAAAGAUAAUAGACCCGUUAUUUUUCAGAGUAAAGACUUUAUCAGGUGUGUAAAGUUUGACAGGUGUCUCCUGGUGGAUCCUCAGUAUGAUGCAGACACACAGGUAUAACUGAAUAUAAACGUUUUUUGUACCUAUAUAUUGUUAUUUGACUGAAUCUGUCGGCUUUAGAUUAAUACACCUGUGCACAGCAGUGUGUAGAGACUGUGUGUCUUUUUACUGAGUGUGUGUGUUUCUGAUAACUCGUCUGCAGCUGGUGAACUGUGGGACUCUCACUGCAGACUGUAUGUGCAGCUCCUCUCAGUCAGCUGAUCAGACAGGAAACUUUGCAGUAAUCUGUACAUAAUGAAGCCAUGUGCACACUAACAUCUGUACACCCCUGAGUUUGAUCACUCUUUUAUUCAGAUGUUUUAUCACAGUCUGAUGAGCCGAUCUCAAAGGGAAAUUUCACUCCUUCUGUUUUCUUUCUUGCAGCAAAGAAAGCUCUCUUGAUUUUAUGAAUGUAUGACAUUUAAGCUCUCUGUGUUAAAAUCUCUUUUUUAUAUUUUCUGUUGUAGAUCCUGAGUCAGUCUGAGUCAAAUAGUUUCAGUGCGUGUUUUUAUGAGCCUAUAAAUCCAGACCCAUAAGGAAGUGUCUGUUUCUAAUCUCACCUUGGACAGUAGAGAGUCAGAAAUGUUUGAAUCAUCCACAGACUGACUUUGAACUCUGCAUCUUAACCCCUUUCUGAAUAUGAUCAUAAUGUUUCUAUGUUUAGUUUUUACUGUGUUACUUCUUUAUGUAAUGUUGGAGUUGGUCUAAACAGGUUUUUUCUAUAUUUGGACCAGUGCAGGUUUAUUAACAUGAUAAUAAUGGUAUUAAAAUAGUGCAAUGGUAUUCUGUCUUAAUGCUAUACAACCCUGAUGCCAAAAACUCAGGACGCUGUGUGAAAUGAUAAUAAACACAAAAUUUAAUGGUCUGAGAAUAAUUUAAAGCCUUUAUGUAACUGAAAUUAGUGAAAAGACAUCAUGUAAACCUGAAAAACCUUGUUUUAUUAAAAAUAUCUGCUCACUUUAAAUUUGAAAUGUUGUCACAUUCUUGCCUGAUAGAAGAUUUCAGCAGCUCAACAGUUCAGGGUCUCCUUAUCAGCUUUUUAGGUGAAUCUGGCGACUUUAAAGAAACUCAACUCUCGAGUGUCAAAAUCAUUGUUUUUCAAUGUAACUUCAGCUCUGCGCCGCCGCCAGAAGCUUAGGGCUCACUGAAAGGACUUUCAUUCAAAACUCUUGGUAAAUCAGAGGCCCUUUAAGAACAUUUGUAAUCAGAGGGCUCUCUUAACAGUAUGCUCUCCCAUUAGGGCUCUCCCUAGGGCCCCCACAUAGCCAGAAGUCACGACCCUUAGCAGGGGCUUUCAUAAUCAUAGGGCCCUCUGAGAGCAUUCCCCCCUACUUCCUUGAACCCCUAGUUGGUAAAUCUAGUGCUCCCUUAGGAGUAUUCACGAGAGGCACUACAGCAGGGCCAGCCCAGGGGCCCUCUGACUGCCGUCCCCCCCGCCCAAUUCAUAUCACCCUUCUCUCUCGGCUCUCUUCAGAUAUGCCCUAUAACAGUGUGAGUAGUCAUAAGAUCCUAGAGAAUAGAGGCCCUCUGACAUCGCAAUUGGGCAUCUGCAUCGCUUUCCCUUUUGCCUCUUAUAACUGGUGUAUCAUUGUUUAACUGUUUUUAUCUGCCUCAAUUUAAUUGCAAAUUUAAAGAAGAAUAUCAAAUCAAUACAUGCACAGCUUCAAAUCGCUGCAGAUCUCCACCUAUAGGCCAUCUCCAUGCAUAAAAUAUCCUCAUGGCAGCAAUUGUUUAAAAAAGGUUGUUUCAGUUUUUCUUUCUGCAGGUUUGUUAAAAAAAAAAACGCCUGUUAAACUGUUAACUGCUAAAGUGCCAUUAAAUAUGAACCUGAUGGCUGAAAAAUAAUGGGUUUUUUUUUCAUUUCUAUUUUGUGCCCACUUCAUUUUAUUUUUCUUUUUUGUUAUUUUGGGUAAAUUUCAUGUAAGUGAAUACAGCUAAUUGGUGUAAGAGUGUCCUGGAUGCAGCUGUCUGUCUGUUUUCAUGCUGAUUAAAGUGUUUAAAGUUUGAUUAUGUAUAAUCUGAUAUUCAUUUACAGGCUAUGGUGUGUUUGAAGAACUGUCUUAACCAGUUUUACGAUCAAACUGUUGUUUUUACCUCUUUAAACCACACAAGCUAACCUUGGAAACGUCAUUGUAGAGGAGAAUUUUACUGCUGAUAUUGAACAUUUUGUUUGAUUUAACUGCUAUUACAUAAACGUAACUUCAUUGUUUAACACAGAUUAACUUCAUAGUGACUGACUCUACUGCCAAGAACAGAAAACCUUAUUUUAAACCGUAAUAAUUACCUAAUUUCCAGACUGUGUGACUCUGUUUCAGACUCUGGGGUGUCCGAUCUGUUUUACUUCACUCUGUAUGUGAAUCACUCUUAUGCACUCUUAUUAAAGCCAAACAAAAAUGUACACUUAAUGUAACCGAUGACUGUUCAACCAUUAAAGAUUAUUGAAACAGAAA